AAUGUUGGAAUACCUAAGUACGAGCAGCUAAUUUGCAGUGUUUCAAGCUCGAGCGUCGUUUUCGUGACAUAAGUUGAUAGGAUAAUAUAAAACGUUGUUCAAUCCGGUUUUGAUUGUAUAAAUAAGAGAUCUAUUUAUAAGAAAAUAUUCAACGUAUAUAACUCUGUAAUUUUAUAAUUGUUCAAGUUUAAAUCUAGAACUUAACCUACAUAUCUUUUAGAAAAUAUUAAAUAUGUAUUUAUCUUUAAUCACGAAUUUUGAACAUUAUUAAUUUUAUCUAUACACUAAGAAUAUUUUAACUAAAUGAAAAAAUCGUUAACAUUUCGUAACAACUUGUUGCUAAUUAACAAAUUUGAAAAAAGGAAAUUUUUCGUGUUUAAAAUUUAGAGUGCCAAAUAUUCCUAGAAAAAUGUUAAUGUUUUAAGUCACUUAAUCUAAUGUUUAAAAUUCUUAAUUUAAAGUACUGAAUAUCAAAGCCUUCAAAAAAUUGUAUUAAAGAAAUUUUAUUUUAACAUUUACGUUAUAAUAAGGAGUGGAUAACUAAUUAUAAAUGUUGAAUGUUUAUAAAAACUUUAGAAGCACUGAAAAUAUAUAGUUCUUGUGCUAUUACUCUGUCAAAGUUUAGUAUACAUAAGAGUGAUCAUUAUGAGUUCAGGAUUUAUAUCAGAAGCUGAAAUUGCAGAACAGCGAAGAAUACGACAAGAAGAAUGGGAACGUGUACGAACUGCAGACCAACCAUUAGAAGCUCCAGAAGAAACAUAUGAUACAAGAUCUUUAUAUGAACGAUUACAAGAACAAAAAAAUAAAAGAGAUGCAGAAUAUGAGGAAGCACAUAAGUUGAAAAAUAUGAUAAAAGGUUUAGAUGAUGAUGAAGUAGAAUUUUUGGAUUUGGUGGAUAGAACAAAAUUAGAAGAAGAGCGUAAAAAAAAUCUUGAAGAAGAAAAAGAAAUGCGAGAUUUCAAAGCUGCUGUUGCUUCAUUACAAGAAAAAUCCUUAAAUGAAAAAUUAAAACAAGAAUUAAAGAAUCCUCAAAUUGUAAAUAAAAAUAUUUCUUCUGGAAGUCGUACUUCGCAAUUAAAAUUAUUAGCUGGUGUUGUAGUUAAACGUCCUGAAAAACAAAAAGAAGAUCUUGCACGGGGUGUUAAAAGAAAGUCAUGUGAUGAAGGCAAAGACACAUCAAAGAAAGAAGAUUGUGAACUAAAUGAACAAAUAAUAGCUGAAUGCAAACCUGCAUUCAAAACUGAUACUUUAGAACAUAAAAAUAUAACAAAUGCAACAGGCAUGAAGUGCAUUGGAAUUUUACCUGGCCUUGGCACUUACGAAGAUUCUAGUGAUAGUGAAUGUAGUUCAGAUACAGAUGAAGAUCCGGAACCAAAUCAUUCCAAAUACGAUCUGUUAGGUCGAAAAAUAAAAAUUUUAAAAGAUAAAGAAAAAAGCUGAAUGCAAAGUAUUUACAAUCGCCUUUUUAUUCAUAGGUAACAAUCAUUUUAUUUUGCAAUUUAUUGUAAUUGUACAAUAUAAAUAUAUUUUUUGCAAUAAUUUUGCUGCAUAUUUUACUUUCACUUUCACUCUGUUCUGAUUUCAUAUAUUAUGCAAUCUGACAUCAUUGCAUUAUUGCAAUCUUUUAAAAAAUAUAUUAUAUUGUAUAACAGACUUGUUUCCUUUUCAUCACUUAUUGUAAACAUCUUAAAAUUUUUUUGCAAUUAUUCCUUCAUCAAUUCAUAAUUGUGAAAAUAGAAAAAUACCUACUAUACAUUUAAUAGCAAUUAUUCUUCGAAUUACUUUAUUAUUACUCUUUAAAAACAUUCAUUUAAAUGUUAUAUUCAUUAGGUAAUUUGAUUAUAAACUAUGUGACAAUUUCUUUCACUUAAAAUAUUUUGAAAAUGUAUUAUGUACAAUUAUAAUACCUUGAAACAAUCACAUCAUGGCAGUACUCACUAUAUUAAAAAAACCAUUUUUAUUAAAUAUAUUGUCGUGAAAAUUUAUGCAUAAACUGUAUUAUAUUGUAACAUACAUUAUAUACAUAAAAUAACUAGAAAAUAUCAGUACAUAUUAUUUAUGUCGAAAUAUGUUUAAAAAACAAUAUUUAUGUUAUAUUCCCUCCUUUUUUAAGUGAUAUGGAAGAAUAAAAUGAUUCUAGUACAGU